CACAAAGUAGAAGUAGCGGAGAAGGUCCGUUUCACUGUAUAUUACUCUGUAUUAGUCAAACUUAGAUCAAACAGAAAAUUAAUUAAAAGGAGUAAAAAAGUUUUGAAAGUUCAAAAUAGAACUAUCAUAUUUUUUAUUCUUUGAAUAGGAAAAAUUUCUGUCAAGUUCGAGAAUAGGGUGGGAUCCCGUCCUUAAGAUUCAGAUAUUAAAAUAGUUCCAAACCGGCUUUAAACAUCAUAUUUUUUCUAAACUUAGUAAGUUACUCAUAUUCGUGAAAUAAAUAACAUUAUACUCUUGUUUUAACAUUAUACUCAUACUCAUCAAACUUAGUUCAUAUUAGAAUCAUUUCAGUCUGCAGAGGCAGGAAGCACUCAGAAUCCUCCGGUAUCAGUUACAGUCUUACACAUUUCCUUUUUCCGUUACCUUCCCAAUCGGCCCUUUUUUCAGAGUGCCGGUAAAAUGGCGCUGACGAAGAGAAUGGUUUUGGGCCUUCUGACAUUUGUCGCAAUCGGAAUGAUUAUCGGAGCUCUUGUGCAAUUGGCAUUUAUUUGGAGAUUGGAAGAUUCAUAUGGGACAGAACCCACAUUGAGGGGAUUGCGUGGGAUUCGACGUGGUGUCAAACCUUUGGAAAUAGGAGUUUCAAAGUUGGCUUAUGACAAAGAAGCUGUAAUGCUACGUCUCGGUUAUGUGAAACCUGAAGUACUAAGCUGGUCACCGAGAAUAAUUCUGUUUCAUAACUUUUUAAGUACAGAGGAAUGUGACUAUCUUAGAGGUAUUGCGAAGCCCCGCCUUCAAGUAUCCACAGUGGUGGAUAUAAAAACUGGAAAAGGAAUCAAGAGCAAUGUCAGGACAAGUUCUGGUAUGUUUUUGAAUCAUAAUGAGAGGCUAUACCCUAUGGUACAGGCAAUCGAAAAACGAAUAGCUGUCUAUUCUCAAAUACCAGUUGAAAAUGGGGAGCUCAUUCAAGUUUUAAGGUAUGAAAAGAAUGAGCUGUACAGACCACAUCAUGACUACUUCACUGAUGAAUUUAACAUAAAGAGGGGAGGUCAAAGAGUAGCAACCAUGCUCAUGUAUUUAAGUGACGACGUUGAAGGUGGAGAAACAUACUUUCCAAUGGCUGGUACCAACGAAUGUAGCUGUGGUGGGAAGAUGGUUAAAGGAUUAAGUGUAAAGCCUACUAAAGGAAAUGCUGUGCUGUUCUGGAGCAUGGGGCUCAAUGGAGAAACGGACCCGAGUAGCCUACAUGGAGGGUGUGAGGUUGUGUCGGGAGAGAAGUGGUCUGCCACAAAAUGGAUGAGGCAAAGAACUAUUUCCUGAUUCCACUGGUUUUAUAAGGGCUCUUUUACAUAGUAUUUCCUGGUUUUGGAUGAGAGCGUCUUUUAGGCUUUAGCUAGGGGAAUCCUCUUGAUGCGCUAAUCUUAAAUUUAGCUAAAGGUGACUGAUAAUAGUAUACAGCAUUUGUGUUCAAUAGAAAGGGAUUGACAUGAAAAAAUGUUACUCCAUCCAUAUAUACAUCUUUUCUUCUAUUUUUAUGUAUAUUAACUGCAUACAAGUUUACUCAAAGACUUGUUCUCGGAUCUUUAGCAUAUAAACCUCCAUUAUUUAUACGAUUCUGAUGGACAUUAGUCACCAUACUCUUCAAGAGUUUCUAAGCAGAAACAAUUGUCUAAACUCAUGAUUCUGCAAUGUGUAUUUCAAGAUCACCGA